AUGAGCACCUUCGCGGACAUCCUCAAGGAGAUCGGCGAGUUCGGCUUGUUCCAGAAGCGCUUGGUGGCGGCCUUGUGCGUCCCCAGCAUCUUCAUCGCCUUCGAUAUGAUCGGUCAGGUCUUCACGGGCCUCGACUUCCCAAACUACUGCAACACCGACUGGAUCCUGGAGCGAGCGGACGCCAACCUGACCCGGGAGAGGCAAAAGGAGCUCACCGUCCCCGUCAGCCCAGAUGGAAGCUACCAGAGCUGCGUCAUGUACGCGCCGGUGGACUCCGACCUGGAGACCAUCGAGCUGUACGGGCUGAACUCAACCACGGGCUGCGUCAAUGGAUCCGAGUUUGAGGUGCCAACUGGGUCAUCCAGCAUUGUGACAGAUUUUCAUCUGGUGUGCGACGGAAAAACAAUAACUGAGGUGUCUCAGUCUAUUUACAUGGCUGGACUUCUGAUUGGCGCCGUCGUGUCAGGUUCCAUGGCUGACAGGUUUGGUCGCCGCUUUGUGGUGUUGCUGGCCAUUUUUCUUCUUCUCUUGUCUGGGGUCAGCGUUGCGUUCUCUCCCACCGUCUACGUUUACGUCGCUCUUAAGUUCCUGUGCGGAGCGUCCGUGGCAGGAAUCCUCACCAACGCCUUUGUCAUAGGUGGCGAGUGGUGUGAGUCGUCCAAGUUUGCCUUCUGCACCAUCGUCAGCCAGAGUUUUUACGCCGUCGGUCUCAUGCUGUUGUCCGGUCUCGCCUAUUUGAUCCGCAACUGGAGGGUCCUCCAACUGGUCCUCUACAGCCCUCUUCUUCUUGUCCUGCCCGUACUUUACUGGAUUCUCCCAGAAUCGGCUCGGUGGCUCCUCACUCAGGGCAGGAAGGAGGAGGCCGCGAAGGAGAUGCGCAGAGCGGCAAAAGUCAACGGGAGGGAGGUGUCCCGAGAUCUGCCGGAAAAGAUGGACGGGGAUGUGCCGCCCAAUCGAGGGAGCAUGUUGGACAUCUUCAGAAUAUCAUAUCUGAGAAAACGGGCGCUCAUCAUGGGCUACGUCUGGUUUGGGAUCAGCGUCGUGUACUACGGCCUGAGCCUGAACGUGGCCAACUUCGGACUGAACAUCUACCUGACACAGUUCAUCUUCGGCCUGGUGGAGGUUCCCGCCCGUCUGAGUUCUCUGCCGCUCAUCGGGCGUUUCGGCAGGCGGCGGAGUGAGGCCGUCUUGUUAAUGUUCGGAGGGGCCUCCUGCCUCGCCGUCAUCGCCGUGCCCAAAGAGUUUCCGGCCGUUGCGACGGUCAUCGCCGUGCUUGGCAAAUUUGCAUCCACCGCCUCCUACACCAUCGUGUACGUUUACACAGCAGAGCUGUACCCCACCACGCUCAGGCAGAGUGGCGUGGGCCUGAACUCCACGUGCGCUCGCCUGGGCGGCAUCCUGGCACCCCUGAUAAGGCUCCUGGGGGUCUACCACGACGACGCCCCCAUGCUGGUGUACGGACUUGUACCUGCGAGUGCCGUGGGCCUCUGUCUGCUGCUCCCCGAGACCCUCAACGCCGAACUUCAAGAACACGCCGAGCCGCAGUGAGUUGA